AUGUCGGCAGAUGUGACUUUCGACAUCGUCACGGCCAGCAUCUGCGCCGCCCUCAUCAUCGUCCGUUGCGGGUACCGCAUCUUGUUGCGAUGCAAGGUCCACGAUACCUGCCACCGGAUGUGGCACGUCGACGACGCUUACAUGGCCUUUGCGCUUCUGCCGCUCAUCGGCCGCACGACCUGCAUCUCGCUCUCCUUCUACCUCAACCCGACGCACACGUAUGAUCCCGCCACCGAAGAGGCAGCGGCGGCGCGGAAUCUCAGCGUCGAGAAACUCGCAGAGUAUUACGUCAUCUCACACAAGUUGCUGAUCCCAGCUCGCAUAUUCUAUGCAUUAUUCCUAUGGUCGUUGAAGCUUUGCCUGCUCAACUUUUACUCUCGCUUCGUGGACAUCUUUGGAUGGGGCAAAGCUGUCACGAAUGCUCUUUGGUGGUUUAUUGUUGUUACGUUUUUUGUUAUCUUGAUACCCACUCUAGCGGAAUGUCGGCCACUCUACUUUAAGGUGCAGCUCGUACUAUUGUUCAGCAUCGCAGGCGUUGUUGUUGUCAUUACCAUCCUGCGACUACCAAUGAUACUGAACCAGGCAGUAUCACAGAGAUCUCGCUCCAUGUGGGCAUCCAUAGAGAUACUCUGCGCUUGUAUCGUCGCAAAUACGGCCUUCUUUUACGCGUUGUUGAAAGACUACCAGCGUGGCCACGACACUCGGGGGGUAGGCUCGAGUUAUGUGCAACAGCCCGACUACUACAUGCAAGCGAUCCCUUCGCCAGAGUUGCGAAGGGGCUGCUCGGCGCGCUCCGACGGUUUGGAGGUGCCAGACCACUGGUCAAGGGAGAGCAGAUCGAAUCUCUCCAUGAUCUCAACUCUCUCGUCCUGGACCUUCGGCGGGCUAUGCAUCCUCUCCGCCCUACCAUUCACCGGCGUCCCGUUCCCUAGCCGACGCGCCGCCGAAUACUACGCCGGCAAGAGCGAAUGGAUGUCGCAAAUCUCAGGCCGGCGCCUCACCCCCACACAAGCCGGGUACGCCGGCGCAGCUUUCCGCAUCGCCGUCGGCGCCGCCGUCAUUGUCCCCGAGACGAGGGAGCCCGCGCUGCUCUUCAACGGAGCGGUGGUCGCGUACGGCACCGUCAGGGCGGCCCUAGAUAGGCGGCCGAUGAUCCCGCAGUGGGGGAUGCUGGCGGCCAUUGCGGUUUGUCUCGGUCUUGGGCGCUUGUCGCAGGCCAAGAUCACUUGA